CUCUGCUGCUCUAUGAAUAGUCCACGUUUCAGCCAUUCUUCCUUCUCCCUACCGAACUGACGCGGCCGGACUUCCCCCACCUUGCCUUCGCUACAAUGGAAGCCACAGCCGCCGCCUCUGCCUUCCUCGCCACGCCGCUGCCCCGCGCCCGCCACGGCCGCGUGCGGGUGCUCGUCGCGGCGGCGGCGCCGGAGCAGCGGAGGACGAGGAGGUCGCUGGCGGUGUGCGCCGCGUCAACCAGCAACUACGUGGUGCCGCUGGACGCGGCGCCGUCGGGGAUCACCCGCCCGCUCGUGGAGAUCCUCCGCGACCUCAACAAGCGCGUCCCGGACACCAUCGUGCUCCCCGCUUCCUCCCGCCGCGCCUCCGACCCCGUCGUCCCCUGGUACCAUGCUAACAGGAUGCUCAGCUUCUACGCCCCCGGUUGGUGUGGAGAGGUCCGGGAUGUCAUCUACACUGACAGUGGAAAGGUGACGGUGGUGUAUCGUGUCACGAUCCGAGGAACCGAUGGAGAGGUUCAUCGGGAUGCCGCUGGAACAGCCUCACUGAGCGAUGCACGCUACCAGGACCCUGUGGCUGCCGCAGAAGAGGCGGCGUUCUGCAAAGCCUGCGCAAGGUUCGGUUUCGGCCUGUAUCUGUACCAUGAGGACGAGGUGCUGUAAGAGGACGUUCCGUCCAUCGGUCGCCUGAUUUGCGUUCAAAAGGUUGCGCCUAUCAAAUUCGCAAACUUGCCGGAGCUUGUACCACUACAAUUUGCAAGAUAUCUCAUAUCAUAUGUACCAUACAUGCUGAACUGUAAAUAUGAGUCAGUUCAUGUUACCUCCUGUUCUAUUACUCCCAUUUUAUUGAUUGCCUUCUGUUACGCCAGCUGUUUUAUGACUUCUGAA